UUGACUGAAUCCCUUGGUGACAGAUGGCAUUACUAUGCGGUUUUUUUUUCAGCUCCUGGAACGAGUGGUUCGUUAGGGAACAAUCAUGGUGGUGGAGCGGAAUCAAGCGAAUGUCCUAUCGCAGAUACCAGUUGUGUAGUGUGCCCAGCCGGGUCCACAGGUCCACCUGGCCCAGAAGGUCCUCCAGGCCCUGCAGGACCGGAUGGAAAACGAGGCCCACCAGGAACUCAGGGCGAACUCGGUCCACCAGGUCCACCCGGUGAGCCUGGCGAGCCUGGCCCACCGGGACCAACGGGAAAACCUGGUGAACCAGGAGAGCUGUGCAAUGGUACUUUGUCAGGGACUAUCAAAAAAGGACCAAAAGGUCCAACUGGACCACCUGGCCCACAGGGAAAGCCUGGUCCGAAAGGCCACUCUGGAGCCGCAGGCAAACCGGGUCCAGAGGGCCCAGCUGGAGCAGCUGGAAAACCGGGACCGGCUGGACGACCCGGAAAUCCAGGCAAGGAUGGCGAAGAAGGAUUACCAGGAAAAGAUGCAAACGUUAAUACGAAUAUUUUGCAUUCAUUUGAGCAUGCUUUAAAUACCGAUGAGAGCGCGCAAAAAACUUCACUCACUCAACAGAUCAUCAUGUAUGAGGUAAAGAUGAUUGCGUGUUUCAGUGUGUUGUGCAGUAGUUGUGCCAUACUCGCUUGUUUGAUUGUAAUACCAUCGUUGCUCAAUGUGAUCGACAGAACGCAUACGGAAGUUGUGCUGAACGUGCACACUUUUAAAGAGGAUACCGAUGCAGCCUGGAACGAAAUCAUGCAACUUCCAAUUUUGGCUGUUCAACCAUUAAAAGUUCGCGACAAUCCUUUCGAGAGCUUAUUCUUGAGGCGAAAACAACGUGACAACUCAAAACUGCCUUCGUUCUGUCAUUGCGAGCCGGUGAAAGUGAAAUGUCCAUCCGGACCGAUUGGACCACCAGGAGAUCCAGGUGCUGAUGGAGCCCCAGGACCAGAUGGACGGCCAGGAAAAGAUUUCAGAUGUGCAAGAAAACCAAAGAAAUGCCCUGAACCUGAUACCAGUUGCGUGAAGUGCCCAGCAGGACCGUCUGGUCCACCUGGCCCAGUCGGACCACCAGGUCCUCCAGGGCCGGACGGAAGGGAAGGUCGAGACGGAGGCAAAUGCGGGGAAACUCCUCUUCCUGGUCCACCUGGUGAAUCUGGUGAGCCUGGUCCACCAGGACCGCCAGGAGACGCUGGUGAACCCGGACCAGCUGGUAGAGAUGCGGCCACCGGGUCCGGUAAAAGAGGACAAAAAGGCCCAGUUGGACCAUCUGGGCAACCGGGCAUGCCUGGUGAAACAGGUCAGCCUGGAGUGGCGGGCAGGCCGGGUUCAACCGGCCCAACUGGACCAGCCGGACAACCUGGACCUUCUGGGCAACCAGGGAACCCCGGUAUGGAUGGUGAUGAGGGGUUACCAGGAAAAGAUAGUGCAUAUUGUCCAUGUCCACCACACACAGAUACUCUAGUCGAAGAGGAGAACUCGGGUUCGUUCGUUACGGGCGCGAUCGAUUCACCAGUAGAGCCCACACCUAAGUCUCUAGUUCAGACCACAGCUCAGCCUUCAGUUCAAGCUCCAUGCGAGUCUUCAGUUCAGACUACAACUGAGCCAUCCGAACAAACCACGCCUAAGUUAUCAAGUCAAACUACAAGUGAGCCUUCAGUCGAAACUCCUUGUGAGUCCUCAGAGCAAACUGAACCUGAAGUAUCAGUUCAAACUACAACUGAGCCAUCCGAACAAACCACGNGGGUUCUUCAAACUACAACUGAGCCAUCCGAACUAACCACGCCUGAGUUGUCAAGUGAAACUACAAGUGAGCCUUCAGUCGAAACUCCAUGUGAGUCUUCAGAGCAAACCGAACCUGACGUAUCAGUUCAAAGUACAACUCAAACUCCAUGCGAGUCAUCAGAACGAACCGCAUCUGAUCCAUCAGCUCAAACUACAGAUGAGUCUUCAAUUUCACCAAGGCAACCCACACCUGAGUCAUCAUUCCAAACUGCAACCGAUUCAUCAGUCCAAAGCAGCACAGAUUCGACAUCAAGUACAACCAACUCACCCAUCACAGAGUUACCGUAUUGA